AUGAGGAGUAAAGCUAUAGCCAUAGAAGACAAAACAAGUUAUGAUGAUUUUGUUCAUAUGGUGAUCAAAGAGUAUAAGGUUAAUGAGCAGAUUUACGAGGUGGAGUUGAGCUACAUGUUUCCGAAGAAGGUUUUGUUGACGUUACCCCAAAACACACCACCUAUAGAUAUUAAAAAUCAGAGGCAAUUCACUGGAUUUUUGGAACAGCUGAAAAUGGAGGCAAUGCAAGUAUGUCUCGAACUUAAGGAACGAGUUUUGGAAAAAGACGAGGACAAAAGUGAUGAUGAAGAUGAAGGCUCCAUAUUUGAUUAUUGUGAUGAUUUAGAUGGCGCAUCUUCAGCUGUUGGACAACGAUAUGACACGAAAGAUGCAUUGGAGACUAGGCUGAAGAUCUUGUCAGUCCUUCGUCAAUUUGAUUUCAGAGUAGACAGAUCAGCGACAGAUAUAUUAACUAUUAAGUGCUGGAUAGAAGGAUGUACAUGGAGAGUAAGAGCUACCCCAGUUGAACGUUCUGCCAGUGCCCGACAAGCGACUCCAGAAAUUCUUGCAAGACUAUAUGUGGACUAUGUUGGAGGUGUUGAUUCAAAAGUUCUCCCGAAACAUGUUGGAGAAGCCUUAAACAUGAGAUUUGGUGUCAAGAUGGAUUAUUGGAAGUCUCAUCGGACACUGUUACGCGCAAGAAAUAUUGUUAGAGGUUCUGCGGAGAGUGGCUACUCAGAGUUGCCUGUGUAUCUAUAUCAUAUAAGAAAAGCAAAUCCUGGAACUUUCGCACAUUUGGAAGUUGAUGAGGUUAACAGAUUCAAGUAUUUGUUUCUUGCAUUUGGUGCAAGUAUAACUGGAUUUCCCUACAUGAGAAAAGUAAUAGUCGUGGAUGGUACAUACCUUCAGGGAAAAUAUAAAGGAACACUACUAACUGCAACAGCUCAAGAUGGGAAUUUCCAGAUAUUUCCUAUUGCUUUUGCAGUUGUUGAUACCGAAAAUGAUGAUUCUUGGGAAUGGUUCUUUCAACAACUAAGCAAGGUAAUUCCCGAUGACGAAGAACUUGCACUUAUUUCUGAUAGGCAUAAAGCUAUAAGUAAUGCUAUUGGAAAAGUGUAUCCUAAGUCUAGUCGUGGAAUUUGCACGUACCAUCUUUACAAAAAUAUAUUGCUACGGUUCAGAGGUGGUGAUGCAUUUAGAUUGGUUAAAAAAGCUGCAAGUGCUUUUACAUUGGCUGAUUUUAAUACAACAUUUGAAGAGAUCCAAGCGAUGAAUCCAGGAUUACAUAAAUAUUUGGAAACUGCUGAUAUACAAAAGUGGGCUCGUGUGCAUUUCCCUGGGGAUAGAUACAACUUAAUGACGACAAACAUUGCUGAGUCCAUCAACAAAGUCAUCUCAAGCUCGAGAACUCUGCCCAUUGUAAAACUCUUGGAUGGAUUACGGUUAAUGAUGACAAGAUGGUUUACAAGUAGGAGGAUAGCUGCAGGAACAACGAAGACAACCUUGACUCGUGGAGUGGAGAUACUUUUGGAGAAACGUGUAUCAAAUGCAAAGGUGCUUACAGUUCAAUCAAUUGAUUUGCAUCAUUCACAAGUUACAACUGGUUCGUCUCUUCAUAUCGUUAAUUUAGGAGGAAGACAAUGUACUUGUCGUCGGUUUGAUAAGGAGAAGUUACCAUGUGUUCAUGCAAUCGCGGCGGUAGAAGCACGUGAUGUGUUGUUCUUACCGUUCUUCCUUAGUAGGCAAGAGAACAACAACAAUUGA